CAAUUACGGCACACAGAUAUAUGAUCGUAAAAGAGUAAACUGUUCCUGAGACGAUGCGUGGUUUGUGUUUAGCCAUUGCGGUGGUUGCAGCACCAGCAACGACGCGGGCAUGGACUCUGUCCUCAAGUCACCCAUUACGCAGCUAUAGCCACAAAUACGGUAGCCAUAGCUAUAGCUAUAGCCAACUCUUCCUCUCCGCGGAAGAAACUGAAACAUCAGAAAUAGAUGGAAGAGACAAGAUGGCCACGGAUCUUAGGCGCCUUUUCGACAUCGACGAAAUGGCGUACACCGUGAUGAUCCCGGAGGAACACAAGGGCCCCGACGGAAAACUCACGCCAGAGCAGCUCGUCGAUGCCAUCAAAAAGGACGGUAUGUUCGGAGAGGAAUUCGAGGAGUACUGCACAACCUUUUCCGAUUCAGACGAAAACGAGGGCGUCGUAAGGGUAUUGGACAUCGGAAAAUUUUCGGACGAUUUCGAAUCGAGCGCUCCGCUUCCGGAGGACUGCAACCUGACGAUCCAGGGAAAGGGAAACUAUUUGGUCCACAUAUCGCUCACGGAUGAGAUCUUCGCAACGAUGCGUGUAGUGGUAGCGUAGCAUCUGGAUUCGCAUUCGCAUUCGCAUUCAAUCCGCAUUCAGGCACUCGUGGCAACAAACAAAAAAAUCUUAGCUCGGAUAGGCUACCGGUAUACAAAUCGGAGGACACGGAAAAACGAACAAAAAUGUGUCAUUUGCAAUUGAAAAAGUGACCCGUAAAUCAUUGUCGCUACACGCUAUAUGUCAGGUGCUAUAUGCAGAAUCAUUUGUAUCUAAUUUUUGGCGUGCAUUCCAUUGCCCUAUCUUCGAGCUCAAGUAGACUGUAGUGCUACCGUAAGCCAUUCUGGCACUAGACCUCGGAGUUAAACACAUUUCUCCA